AUGGCAGCAAAAUCUCCUGUUAUUUUAUUGCUCCAGGAGCACAGACAAACCUAUGGCAACACUAGGGAACCUCUCCUUGAAAACCUGACCAGUGAGUAUGACUUGGAGCUUUUCCGGAGAGCACAAGCACGGGCAUCUGAGGACAUGGAAAAGCUGCGGCUCCAGGGCCAGAUCACAGAAGGCAGCAACAUGAUUAAAACCAUCGCGUUUGGCCGCUACGAGCUGGACACCUGGUACCACUCCCCCUACCCAGAGGAGUAUGCUCGCCUGGGCCGUCUCUACAUGUGUCAAUUCUGCCUCAAGUACAGGAAGAGCCAGACAAUACUUUGCAGGCACAUGGCAAAAUGUGUUUGGAAACACCCACCGGGUGAUGAAAUCUACCGGAAAGGCUCCAUCUCAGUGUUUGAAGUGGAUGGGAAGAAGAACAAGAUCUACUGUCAAAACCUGUGUCUGCUGGCAAAACUUUUCUUGGACCAUAAAACACUGUAUUAUGAUGUUGAACCCUUCCUCUUCUAUGUCAUGACAGAAGCUGACAACACUGGCUGUCACCUGAUAGGUUAUUUCUCCAAGGAGAAGAAUUCUUUUCUCAACUACAAUGUUUCUUGUAUCCUGACAAUGCCCCAGGACAUGAGGCAAGGUUAUGGCAAGAUGCUCAUUGACUUCAGGCUCAUCAGCUACAGGAGCUACUGGAAGGAAGUUCUUCUUCGUUACCUGCAUAAUUUCCAAGGAAAAGAGAUUUCUAUCAAAGAAAUCAGCCAGGAGACUGCAGUGCAUCCUGUUGACAUUGUUAGCACCUUGCAGGCACUUCAGAUGCUCAAGUACUGGAAGGGAAAACACCUGGUCCUGAAAAGACAGGAUCUGAUUGAUGAAUGGAGAGCCAAAGAGGCUAAAGAUCCAACAGCAAUAAGAUCAUGGAUCCCAGCUGAUUGA